AUGGGCUCAAAAUCUACCCUAAGGCUCAUGAGAACCCUAGGGUCUUCCCUUGGAUCUCUGGCCCAAUCUACUUGGAGUCUUCUAUCCAAUGCCCUUGCGAGGUCCGGGGGUGUGUUUGAGUGCCGAGAGGAUGUUUUGCGGUGGGCUCGAUCUGUGGCUAAUGAAAACGGAUUUGUGGCGGUGAUUUUAAGGUCGAACACAAACACAGGUAGUAGAGGAAGGACUACGUUUGUGUUAAUUGGCUGUGAAAGGAGUGACGAAUAUAGGUGUAGGAAAAAAGAAUUUAUCAGAAGAGACACUGGGACUAGGAAAUGUGGUUGUCCCUUCAAGUUUCGUUGCAAGCCAGCGGUUGGAGGAGAAGGUUGGAUGGUGAAGUUGAUUUGUGGAGUGCAUAAUCAGGAAUUGGCCAAGUCAUUAGUUGGACAUCCAUAUGCGAGGCGAUUGACUAAAGUUGAAAAAACACUUAUUGUUGAUAUGACGAAGUCCAUGGUGAAGCCAAGAAACAUUCUGCUAACUCUGAAGGAACACAAUGCCAAUAGCUGUACGACCAUUAAACAGAUAUACAAUGCAAGAAGUGCAUUUCGUUCUUCCAUAAGAGGAAGCGAUCUUGAAAUGCAACAUCUGAUGAAGCUUCUUGAACGUGAUCAAUAUAUUCAUUGGCACAGAAUAAAGGAUGAAGACGUGGUUCCUAAUAUCUUUUGGUGUCACCUUGAUUCAGUGAAGUUAGUCAACGCAUGUAAUUUGGUGUUUUUGAUAGACAACACCUACAAAACAAACCGGUACAGACUCCCAUUGCUCGAUUUUGUUGGGGUGACACUGGCUGGGAUGACAUUCUCUGUCGAUUUUGCAUAUGUGGAGGGUGAACGCGUUAAUAAUUUGGUAUAG